CUUACUUCCUGUUGCUGAACAGCGAAGAUCCUGCCUGCCGCCGCCUCCGCUGCUGGGGCCCCGAUCCUGCUGUCGAUGCCAGGGAUCGGGGGCCCCAGUUUCAGGAUUACAAUGUACAACACCUUCAAGACGUUUUAAUUAAAGAAGCAAAUAAAGAGUCAAUAUGGUCCUUUGACCCCUUGGAUACUUUCAGUAGAAAUUUAGUUGGAUUUAGGCCUGGAGCAUGGCAUGAUUACCAGGAAGGAACAGUUCAUUCAACAGCCGCAAUGGAUGCAUAUUUGGCUUCAUUCUACACCAACCUCUUUUUGAAGUGUCCCUUGCCAAGCCAGUAUUGGUGUCUAGAUCUUCUAUCAAUUAUGAUUGUUAUUCAAAUUGCAGUUUAUUUAUUUGUUGUUUUUGCUGAUAUUGACACAUUAUACACUGCUAUGGAGCUUGUUUGUACCCCAUAUUACUGGAGAGUGAACAUCUUGAUCAUGGUCCUUGUUCUCUUUGUUGUGUCAUAUAUUGCAGAGACAUGGUUUAUUGAAAAUAGAAAACUCUGGCUCUGGAUAAAGAGAAUAUUCAAUUGCAAAUCAAAGAGCCAAUACAGAAAGUUACAAUGGAAACUGCAGAAAGAUCCAGAGUGGCCUCCACAGAACAGAACGGACUAUGCUGUCCAAAAAACCUCUGUAGAGGAAUGUGACAUUGUUGCUGACAGUAACCCCCAUUAUUGCACUGCACCAAGUCUUGAAAAAGAAUCUGAAGAAACAUUUGUAACUGUAAUGUGAACAUUAUAGUGUUAAAAGGUGUAAAAGUAAAUGAAAUUUGUUUUCCUAGUAAAAUGUGAACCAAUUAUAUUCUUAUGUAAAAUCCUCAUGUAGAUUCAUUUAGAUAAAGAUAUAUUCGAAGGUAUUUAAAAAUGUAC